GGUGGAGGCGGCGGCGGAGGCGGCGGCGGCGGCGGCGGCGGCGGCAGCGACGGCCCCGGGCCCGGAGAUGGUGGAGCGGAGGGGCCCGGGGAGGCCCCGCACCGACGGGGAGAACGUAUUUACCGGGCAGUCAAAGAUCUAUUCCUACAUGAGCCCGAACAAAUGCUCUGGAAUGCGUUUCCCCCUUCAGGAACAGAACUCAGUUACACAUCACGAAGUCAAAUGCCAGGGGAAACCAUUAGCCGGAAUCUACAGGAAACGAGAAGAGAAAAGACAUGCUGGGAACGCAGUACGGAGCGCCAUGAAGUCCGAGGAACAGAAGAUCAAAGAUGCCAGGAGAGGUCCCCUGGUACCUUUUCCAAACCAAAAAUCUGAAGCAGCAGAACCUCCAAAAACUCCACCCUCAUCUUGUGAUUCCACCAGUGCAGCCAUCGCCAAGCAAGCCCUGAAAAAGCCCAUCAAGGGCAAACAGGACCCCCGAAAAAAAGCUCAAGGAAAAACGCAACAGAAUCACAAACUUACGGAUUUCUACCCUGUCCGAAGGAGCUCCAGGAAGAGCAAAGCCGAGCUGCAGUCUGAAGAAAGGGAAAGAAUAGAUGAAUUGAUUGAAAGUGGGAAGGAAGAAGGAAUGAAGAUUGACCUCAUCGAUGGCAAAGGCAGGGGUGUGAUUGCCACCAAGCAGUUCUCCCGGGGUGACUUUGUGGUGGAAUACCACGGGGACCUCAUCGAGAUCACCGACGCCAAGAAACGGGAGGCUCUGUAUGCACAGGACCCUUCCACGUGCUGCUACAUGUACUAUUUUCAGUAUCUGAGCAAAACCUACUGCGUGGAUGCAACUAGAGAGACAAAUCGCCUAGGAAGACCGAUCAAUCACAGCAAAUGUGGGAACUGCCAAACCAAACUGCACGACAUCGACGGCGUACCUCACCUCAUCCUCAUCGCCUCCCGAGACAUGGCGGCUGGGGAGGAGCUCCUGUAUGACUAUGGGGACCGCAGCAAGGCUUCCAUUGAAGCCCACCCGUGGCUGAAGCAUUAACCGGUGGGCCCCGCGCCCUCCCCGCCCCACUUUCCCUUCUUCAAAGGACAAAGUGCCCUCAAAGGGAAUUGAAUUUUUUUUUUACACACUUAAUCUUAGCGGAUUACUUCAGAUGUUUUUAAAAAGUAUAUUAAGAUGCCUUUUCACUGUAGUAUUUAAAUAUCUGUUACAGGUUUCCAAGGUGGACUUGAACAGAUGGCCUUAUAUUACCAAAACUUUUAUAUUCUAGUUGUUUUUGUACUUUUUUUUCAUACAAGCCGAACGUUUGUGCUUCCCGUGCAUGCAGUCAAAGACUCAGCACAGGUUUUAGAGGAAAUAGUCAAACAUGAACUAGGAAGCUAGGUGAGUCUCCUUUCUCCAGUGGAAGAGCCAGGACCUUCCCCCUGCACCCCCGACAUCCAGGGACGGGGUGUGAGGAAGACGUUGCCUCCCAAUGGCCUGGACGGGAUGUUUCCAAGCUCUUGUUCUCCUAACGUCUCGACAGGCGCUCACUGAAGUGUAUGAAUAUUUUUUAAAAAGGUUUUUGCAGUAAGCUAGUCUUCCCCUCUGUUUUCUCAAAAGCUUACUGAGCCCUUGGCCCCAAGCACGGGCCGGGCAUAGAUUUCCUCUUCCACAAGCUGCCGCUUUUCUGGGCACCUUGAAGCAUCAGGGUGCGAAAUCAAACUAGAUAUGGGCAGGGAGAGUGUUGCUUACCUGCCCUGCUGGGGCGGGGUUUCCUGAAACUGGGUUAAUUCUUUAUAGAAAUGUGAACACUGAAUUUAUUUUAAAAAUAAUAAUAAAAAUUAAAAAUAAUUAAAAAAAACCACGAAAACAACUUACAUGUAUAUAGGUCUUGAAGUGAGUGAAGUGGCUGCUUUUUUUUUUUUUUUGCUUUUUUUUGCUUUUUGUAGAAGAGAUUGAGAAUGGUACUCUAAUCAAAAAUAAAGUUUUGUAGUGGAACCAGAAAUUACUUACCUGACAUCCACCCCCAUUCCCCCUCAUCCUGCUGGGGUUGAAAGUUCCAGACCUGCUGUCGAGGCCUUGUGUUUGUCA